CAUAAUGCCACUUAUCGGUCUACUACAUCUGCGCAUCAUUACCUCCAAUUUCGAAUGAUUUAAAGAAAAUUGCGGCUGCUUUAGAUUAACGUGACGGGAGGAUACCGUCAUAAAUAAUAUGAAUCGCUAUAUAACCCUUCAGCAAUUGGGUGAUGGCACUUACGGAACUGUGGUGUUGGCGCAACGCAAAGACACUGGCGAGAAGGUAGCUAUUAAACGUAUGAAGCGAAAAUAUUACUCCUGGGAAGAGGCGAUGAAUUUGCGUGAAGUCAAGUCCCUUAAAAAACUCUCCCAUCCAAAUAUUGUAAAAUUAAAGGAAGUCAUACGCGAAAAUGAUACGCUUUAUUUUGUGUUCGAAUACAUGAAAGAGAACUUGUAUCAAAUGAUAAAGGAUCGAGAUACGCAUUUGCCGGAGCCAACGCUUAAAAGCAUAUUGUUUCAGGUACUCACCGGGUUGGCAUUCAUGCAUCGCCAUGGAUUCUUUCAUCGAGAUUUGAAGCCAGAAAAUUUACUUUGCUCCGGACCAGAGCUAAUUAAAAUAGCAGAUUUUGGUUUGGCGCGCGAAAUACGAUCGCGACCACCAUUCACCGAUUAUGUCUCCACGAGAUGGUAUCGAGCGCCAGAGGUGCUGCUGCAUUCCACAAACUAUGCUAGUUCCAUAGAUCUAUGGGCAAUGGGCUGCAUUAUGGCGGAGCUGUACACAUUUCGACCACUAUUUCCGGGCAGCAGUGAGGUGGAUCAAUUAUUUAAAAUUUGUUCUGUUUUAGGAACUCCGGACAAGAGUGAAUGGCCCGAGGGCUACCGGCUCGCUGCCACCAUACACUUUCGUUAUCCGGAAUGCAUCAAAGUACCGCUCAACACAAUUGUGACACGCUGCAGUCAAGCGGGGCUAGAUUUGCUGGAGGACAUGCUGCACUACGAUCCGGAUAAGCGACCCACAGCGCAGCAAAGCCUCAAAUAUGCCUACUUUCAUGCGUUAAAACGUAUUUCACCCACAGCGGCUGCCAAGGCUAAUGUAAAACUUACGGCCAAAUACGCUGCAACAGUUGCGGCUAAUGGCGUCAACAAUGCCAAUGCUGUUCGGAAUGUACGGCAGGUGCAAAAUUUGUCGAAUAAUGUGCUUCCGGUGCAAGAGAAACUCCAGGCUGUAACUGAAUUACUGCAACAGGGUAAUAUGCAACACAGCAACAACACUAGUACCGUAAAUGCCAAUAACGCAUUAAAUGCGACUGUUACCAGCAAUCGCGGAGCCAACAACAACAACAUCAAUUUGCAUGCCAAACGCAGCACAAAUCCAGUUUCACACAAUCUAAAUCAAGUGCAAAUGCCGAAGGUGAGUUUUUUGGCAUUAAAUGGUGUCGGCGGUGGCGGCGGCGGCAACGACGCCACACAUUCCACGGUGCCGCUGCAGUUAUCAGCUGUUAGUACAAACUCUCACAGAAACAACACCAUACUCACUAAUAACUCGAAUAAUGCACCAAAUCUACUACUGCGUGAUCCAAUGGAAGAUAAUCUCUCAAUAAAGAGUGGCUCCCUACGCUAUAAUGGCAUACUCGCGCCAGCGAAUCUGGGCUAUCUGAACGGUGGUGAUUCUACGCUUCAUAAGCGUUCGCAAGAAAACCUGACCUUCACAGAGUCCAUAAAUGACAUCUAUUUGAAUCGAAACACCGGUCAGCUGCAUCCGCCACAGCCGCCAAAUGUAUCCUUUAACACCACCAGCAACAACGUAGCAGGGAACAUCAAAGCCGGUGUUAUCUAUCUCGCCAAUGGUCACCGAAACUAUGCACUCUUUGAGACCGCUGCGAAGAAUGCUAAAAAUUCGGCCAAAAUCAAUGGCUAUUUAUUGCAGUCACGUCCGAGUAUAGUGAAUAUUGAUACACUGGGCACGGAUGGCAAAGUAUACAAUAUGUUCUCGAAGGUGGUGUCAAACAAACAAGCACCUACGAGCAAUCUGAUAAUGCGAAAUGCUUUUGAGCCUGCUUUGGAAAGAAAUGAAUACAACGAGCAAGCAAGCUUGAAACAACAAUAUGAACGAGUUGGAGGUGACAAGAAACCUUUACCGCCGGCGCGGAACGGUGACUUUAACAAGGAUGACGAACUCGAUCUUAUAUUAGGUUCAAAAAUAAAAACAUCAGCGAAACGUCAACGUAAUGCAAAAACAAAUAUUUUACUGGAAGAUCUAUUCGGUCAUCUUUCACUUGAUUCGGAUAGCGACACAGCGAAGUACCCGAAUACAGUUCCAUUCACAACACAUCAACAGCAAUCGCACAUGGAACGUAACUCCAGUUUGCCAAAUGGUUACUCGAACGAGAAUUCGUUGACAGAAAAGAGUAAGAAGAAGAUUCCGAGUAGCAUUGAAGUUAACAACGGUAGUUAUACCGGCUCACUCUCAACAAAUGCUUCUAGUAUUUCUAAGGAUUCACUUGACCCGCCCACAGACGAUGAGUGCCAAUUUUGGCCUAUUAGAGUUGAUCCUAAGUCUAUUGACGUGAAUAAAUCUAAAUUACAACCAUGGGACGGAACCAAUAAAACUGAAGAUGAAAAACUAACGGCGUGGAUGGUCGCUGAAAAUGGUUCGUUGCUUGAAAAAAAAAUUCUAAAUGGAUUUAACGAUAAAAACCAUACCGAAUGGAAUACAACGUACCUUAACUAUUAGGAAGACGACAACAACAACAAUUAAGCAAGAUGUUAAAGGAUGAGUGACUGGAGUUGAUGAGAUGUGUGAAGUAAACUUUCAUACAAAUGUUUGUGCUGUGAUAAACUUAAUUAAAAAAAGAUUCUAAACUUCUAAUAAGUAAGAUAAAAGGAGUGCUAAAAGGCUUUUAAGUACUUAGUAAUGGCGGUUUUGUUUCUACAAAAAAUGCUGCCUUUUCAUUGCUCUCUUCCUAGUAUUUGUACGUAGAGGGCAAAGAGAAGGUAACCGUUUUUGGUAGAAACGAAAACGCCAUAAGUCACACAAAGAGGGUGGUCCAAACAUAUGUAGGUGCCUUUGUGUAUAAUCAAUAAUAGUAUAAUUUUUACAUUCAGAACUCUUUCCUGAAAAUUAAAAACUUUAAAUUUGUCUGGUAGGCACUAGAAAUAUGUGCUUCGGACAGAAUAGGGUUAUCGCCCGGUUAGUGACUAGCGGCUGGCAUAUGAAUUGUUGAAUCUGGUCCUUAAAGUAUAUGAAACGGCUUUUAAUAUACAUAGGAAACGCUUCGCAUUAGAAAGAUUUUCUGCUGGAAGACUUGUUAAUUCAGCGGAAGAAAAUCAUGCCUAGGGACACGAUAUC